AUGCCGUCCUCUUCACUUUUCUCUUCUUCAUUUUUCGAGAGCCUGUCGUACUCGCGACGAGGCACCAGAAAGAACAGGGCCACACGCUCUCUUGCGCGCCGCUCUCAGGAGCUUGGAGCACAGCUGUGCGGCCGGCUGUCCCAGAUCGCGCUAGAGGUGAGCUCUGCAGCACUCGGUCGCACUGCCACCGCUGCUGCAGACGUGGGCGCGGGCACGCAUGCUAACGGAUCGUCUUUGGUGUCCUCAUCGUCUUCUGCUGUCUCCGCGCCGCUUUCCUUCAUGGUGGAUGUGCACCGUGACCUCUCCGCUCACUACGGCUCCCACGCAGUCCGGCGCGGCCUCGCUAAGCCACUCGGUCCAUGCGUGCAUCCAGUCCUUCGCAAAGGCAAUCUGGCCACUCAGCGCGCAGGCGUCCAUAGCCCCCGCUACAUGCGGGUGUGGUCACUACGAUUGGUGCGUCGAUGCUGGUGCCCUCGCUGCGGUGUGUGGCUCAGCAGCGGCGGCGUGCCCAAGCUGUCCAAGCUCAAAGCACGCCGAACCACACUCGCCACAAUCAAGGAGUGCCGCGUGCGACGUCAGCUCCGUCCUUCACGUCCCCCCAUCCCACGCAGGCGAUUCAUGUUGUGCUGUCUUCGCUGUCUCGACGCCGCCCAACGCGCGGCGAAGAGAAACGCAACGCUCUCUCACAUCGCCACUGGUGGGCAGCAGCAAAACGACAUCGCAGUCAGAAACACCGCUGGGAACGCCUCACUGUCUACACAGCACGCUGUGCGGAAAGCGUGCGCUGCAUGGGUCGAACAAACCGCAACGGCUGUAUUGGCCGAGGCCCGAGUGCCCCGGCGAAACCGUCGCUGCCGCAGGCGCAGCAAACGACGCCGUCGCGACAGCACCGAAGAGGCUAGGGCAGGGGCAAACGCAACCGGGCGAGCUGACUCUGGCAGCACUGCAGCGGUGCAUCAACCGAGCACCUCAGCAUCUCAAGUAACCCAAAAGCUUGCUCUCUCGCUGACACGCAACACGACGCCAUUGCCUGGCGUUGCUAGCGCUGGAAAGCCGACCAAGGCGUCAGCAGUGAAGGUGCCAACGACUGCUAGCACAGCCCACAAGAGCUUGCAGGGUCUGGUGCCGAGCGGUCCACUGAAGAAAAGCGUGCCGCGAGCCUCUGUCAAGGGGCCACCUCAACCAAGCUCAAAGAAGCUGGCGGCGACCGCCCCUGCCGCUUGCAAACCCGAUGCAGCAGUCACAGAGCAUGCAGUGGUUGCUUCAUCGACAUUGCACAUACGGCCAUCUUUGCCAUCCCCGUCUGUCAUCGGCGGUGCACAUGUGCGAAUCGCCGAUCAGCAAUUGGAGGCAGGGCAGGCGAAACACAUGAGCAUAAUUCGCAAAGUCACAAGCAGCGGUGGUGAGGAACCCACAGCCACGGCCUCGGUCUCAGGCCCGUCGCCAUCACCAACGGACUCGCUGCCGUCUUCAGCUCCUCCUGCUCCACCGGUGCCCUCAGCGCCUGCGAGGGCCAUCCCAUCCACGUCGCGCCCAACGGAUGUUGCAAAGAAGACGCCCCGUCCACCUGCCAAGGCCGCAACCGUGGCGAAGAAGCCGGCCGCAGCAACGAAGAAAUUCAUGGACACUAUGAACCAGCUCGGAUUCUGA